AUGUAUUUGGUUCUUCCAGGGCACAUCUUCCUCACAAUGCUUGGAAGCGUGUGCCAAAGGCUCCCCGCGCGGACAACUUCUUUACAAGCAUGUAGAUUCAUUCGAGCGAGAUGGGAGCGUGGGUACUACAAGGAUCUAUACCACCGAAGACAACUGCUGGGCGCAGAUCCGCUUAUUCAUCGGUCAUCCUAUCCUAAUUGCGUGCGUUCUCAUCACUGUUUUGGUGGUAAUGCUCAACAGUGGUCUCAAAUCGAAUCGUUGGUUGAUGUCAAUUCUGAAGAGUACAAGCAGAAUUACACCCAAAUGAAGGAAAUAGUGGAUGAUUUACGUCAAAAGAUUGCUAAGAUCGCCGAAGGUGGAGGUGAAAAAGCUCGAGCUCUCCACAAGAGUCGUGGAAAAAUGCUUGCACGUGAACGGAUCAACGCGCUGAUCGAUCCAGGAACUUCGUUCUUGGAGUUGAGCCAGCUUGCCGGCUUCCAGUUAUAUGGCAGUGAAGAAGUUCCUGCAGGUGGGGUCAUUACCGGUCUAGGAACCGUCUCAGGACGCGUUUGUGUGAUAUCUGCGAAUGACGCCACCGUGAAAGGAGGUACCUACUAUCCCAUCACUGUGAAGAAACAUCUCCGAGCACAAGAAAUUGCCAGAGAAAAUGGCUUACCUUGUAUCUACCUAGUUGAUUCUGGUGGUGCGAAUUUGCCUCGUCAAGCUGACAUUUUCGCCGAUAGAGAUCAUUUUGGAAGGAUAUUUUACAACCAGGCAACUCUCAGCAGCAAAGGUAUUCCCCAGCUAGCCGUCGUAAUGGGAAGCUGCACAGCUGGUGGCGCUUAUGUUCCCGCCAUGGCAGAUCAAGCGAUCAUAGUUAAAGGCACUGGAACAGUUUUCUUGGGAGGUCCUCCUCUUGUCAAGGCAGCUACGGGUGAAGAUAUUUCUGCCGAAGAGCUUGGUGGAGCUGAUCUACAUUGUGGCGAAUCUGGUGUUACGGACUACUAUGCGCACAACGAUUCGCACGCUCUUCAUUUGGCGCGGAAUGCUGUAGCUGGAAUGGGCCCACCCACAGGAGCCACCACAUUCGCCGAUCACUGUUUUGCGAAGAUUUUCGGUCAACCCGUUGGAAUUCUUGCAAACAAUGGUGUUCUCUUCUCGGAAUCUGCUAUGAAAGGAGCACACUUCAUAGAGUUAUGCUGUCAGCGGAAGAUUCCUCUGAUAUUUCUUCAGAACAUAACUGGCUUUAUGGUCAGACUUCCCUCAUCCAUUCUAAUAGCAUCGUUCGCAAAGAUUCUCUGUGAAAUGCCACAAUAUUAUUUGGUUCAGGUGGGACGCGAAGCUGAAGCAGGAGGGAUCGCCAAGCAUGGCGCCAAGCUUGUGACUGCUGUGGCAUGUGCAUCCGUUCCAAAGCUGACGGUGUUGAUUGGUGGGUCAUACGGCGCAGGAAACUAUGGAAUGUGCGGCCGAGCGUACAGUCCACAAUUCCUAUUUAUGUGGCCGAACGCUCGCAUUUCCGUAAUGGGUGGUGAGCAGGCCGCUAAUGUCCUUGCUACUGUUCAACGUGACAAAAGGCAGCGGGAGGGAUCGCAGUGGACCCAGGAAGAGGACGAGGCACUUAGAAGACCUGUGGAGGAAAAAUUCGAGAAAGAAGGUCAUCCAUAUUACGCAUCUGCACGACUUUGGGAUGAUGGCGUCAUUGAUCCUCGAGAGACUCGCAAAGUAUUAGGAUUAACACUGCAAGCUACGUUGCAGAAACCGAUCCCUGAGACGAAAUUUGGUGUUUUCAGGAUGAAUUACGCUUCGGAGGUGUAUGCUUUCGGUCAUCGUAUUGGUGCUCCUGAUGUCCAACCGGAAGAGCUAGUUAAGGCUUUAACAACGAGCUCUUUCUAUACACGUGCCGAUAUUGAAGAGGGUGCUGCUGGUGCAGCACCGAGUCAGUCAACUGAUGUUGGUGAGGGUAGCAACACGGAACUGGUAGAGAAAGGUGCUGGUGAAACACUGAGCAUUGCUGCGGACAUGGCUGCUCGUGAAGGACUUCUGCGACUCUGGGGAAUAACGGCAGAUAGAGUGUUCUUCUUUGGGCGUAAAGCUGCCGAAGCAUCUCUUGAAGAGUUUUCAAAAGAAAACUAUUACUUGAAGGAUCGCUGUAAGCCCAAGAUUACAGUUCACACCUGCAAGUCUGAUUUUAGUACGGAUACUUCUGUGGAAGCUGUGGUUGACACCGAACCGUUGAAUAUAGUCGAAGUGGCAAUGCGUUAUCGCGAGAAAGUACAAUCAGUCGUGGGAUUAAGCUAUACAAAACGAUUGCGGCACAAAUUCUCUCGCGGAUCCUUAGCUAAGAGGUCUUUCCGGUACCUCGUAAAACCGAAAGUGUACACAGUGUGUUAG